CACACCACCGAGUUCGGUGGUGUGUGGCACACCACGCACUCCGCUUAUGCAGAAUACCCUUUCCCUGCUCAAUCUCUAUUUUCUGUUAUCCAUUCUCAAGAGAGUGCAGUGGCGCUUCUUGCAAGCCGAGAAAUGGGUUUUGCUCCUGCUCAAUAUACAUCUGGAAUUAUGCCUCUGGUGCAUGGAAAAUCUAACAUCUCACAUCCACAACUGGAAUUUUUGAGGAUUUCCAACCAUUUGAAAGGGGAAUCUCUGCUUGGUGUUAGUGAUUGUAAACUUCAGUUGACAUUUGGAGUACCAUCUCGGAUUUCAUGUCGACCCCAUUUAAGUAAGUUGGUUAUCAAAAGCAAUUACCCCCAAAAUGCGGAUUUGCCUCGCUACUACUCAAAGAAGGAAAAGAAGCCAUUUCCAGUACCCAUAGUCGAGCUAAGGCGGAAUGCGAGAGCAAGACAAAAGAGCGCGAAGGGGCGGCCUAAGAGACCGGUGCCCCCUCCAAGGAAUGGGAUGUUGGUUCAUAGUUUGAUACCUGUUGCGUAUGCAGUGUUGAAUGCGAGAGUCACACUGAUAAACAAUCUCAAGAAGCUUCUGAGAGUGGUGCCAGUACAUGCUUGCAAAUGGUGCAAUGAGAUACACGUGGGACCCGAGGGCCACCCGUUCAAGUCAUGCAGAGGCUUGAGGACUGAGGCUCGCAAGGGCCUUCAUGAGUGGACGAAGGCAACUGUAGAUGACUUGCUUGUGCCCGUUGAUAGCUUCCACCUCUCCGACCGCCUCGGAAAGCGCAUUACCCACGAGGAGAGGUUCUCAAUCCCAAGAGUCCCGGCACUUAUUGAGCUCUGUGUCCAAGCUGGUGUUGAUCUGCCCGACUUCCCUACAAAGAGGAGGAGAAAACCCGUCAUCCGCAUUGGGAAGAGUGAGAUCAUUGAUGCUGAUGAAAACGACUUGCCGGAACCCACACCCGAUACCAUUACAAAACCGAUCAUAACAGAAAUAACUGACUCGGAAAUAAGCCCUCCGGCUAAUGCUGAAGAGAUGGCUGCCCUUUCUGAAGCGACGUUAGAAGCAUGGGAGACAAUGAGAGAAGGAGCGGCCAGGCUCAUGAAGAAGUAUGCAGUGAGAGUGUGCGGGUAUUGCCCGGAGGUGCACAUUGGGCCUAGUGGGCACAAGGCGCAGAACUGCGGGGCCUACAAACACCAGCAGCGGAAUGGGCAGCACGGUUGGCAAACGGCGGUGCUCGAUGACCUGAUACCACCGCGGUAUGUGUGGCAUGUGCCUGAUGUGGCUGGCCCACCGCUAAAGAGGGAGUUAAGGAGCUUUUAUGGUCAGGCUCCAGCAGUAGUGGAGAUGUGUGUGCAAGGUGGGGCUGGUGUGCCUGAUAAGUACAAGCCAACCAUGAGGUUGGAUGUUGGGAUUCCAAGGGAUUUAAAAGAAGCUGAAAUGGUUGUAUGAAGCUUUUUAGUUAUUAUAUGAUGGUGAUGAUGAUAUGGGCCAUGUUCCAAUCUCUCCUGUGAGUUGAUCCUAGCCCUCUGUUGGUGACUUUCAAAUGGACGAUUGUAGUCAAUGUUCUGAAUAUUAUGGGCCCCAUCAAGUAGGAUAAUCUGAUGGAGGAGGAUUUUGGUGUCUCCCAUUUUCACAUGGAGGCGAUGCGAACGGUUUGGAUCACCAAAGGGUGGGCCCCUAAUGUACAUGUUGUUGGACAAAAUCCUAAAAUUGGAGAUCCUUCAUUCCCACAUUUGAAAUGCAAAGCAGUUGGGUCUGGGGUCUGAAAUCUGCGUUUGGAUCAUGGUCACACAACAUUGAGGAACAAUCAUUUGUGAUUUUGGAAUUUUUUGUUGGAAUAGAAUGUACAAAAAUCUUGAAAAAUGGGGCUCUUUUGUAUUGCAUUGGGAGGAAAGAACAUUGUGUUGCAAUUGGUAUGUUUUCAUGAUAUUUGGAAAUUUUAGUAGGAGUUUUUUUUUUUUUUUU